AAGUUCAAUAUGAAGUUUGACGUUUAUAAUGAAAUGUCAAAUCACAAAUUAUCACUAUAAACAGUCUCAUUGUGCCUCUUCUGCUUCUUCAUUCUUUUUAUUAUCGUUCGUGUUACAGUUGGGAAUUUACAGCUUUACACUGUCCUUAUCUAAACUCAAUUGCAUCCUGUGAUGCUUUUCCAAAAUAUGCUCCAAAUACUUAUCUGAGUUGAGAAUAAUGCAAACAUGACUACCAGUGAGCCCAAACUUGCAGAGGCAGAUGGAACUCAUUUGAAUUCCUGCGGGCCUAAGGACACUUUAUGUCAACUAUGUGGCUUACCUCAAAUCGGAAGCAAUCAAGUCCGACCAAAUGGUUUGCGAGGAUGCAAAUGCAACGAGUUGUCACCACAUUACAAAGUGCCAGAUCCACCCAGAUCUGUCCAACCUUCUAUACUUCACCCCGAUUCGCUGAAGGCAAACUUAGAUGCCUAUGUGAUAGGAUCCUGUCAGCCACAGCUUUCAAAAAUAAACAGUAGUGGGACACCAUCCUCCCUUAAGAUGGAUAUGUGCUCUCAGAAGGAAACAGUUCCAAAGGAAGUAACUUUCGAACCACCACAAGGAAUGGAUGCCGAUUCUGGCGAUGGAAAACAUUUUUAAGAUACAAACCUGAUGAAACUGGGAACGAUUUUCGAUACAAGAUGCAAACGGGGCCGAAGUACGACAACAAAGGACGUUUACCAAUUACAGGAGAGGAGUUGGACACAUACCGAAAUUUUCAAAAAAUAAAGUUUAAAUCAACAACCAAUGUGAAGCAUACGUUGAAAAAGGGUAGCGGAAAACAGCAAAAAUUGACACCUACAAACUGAUUUACACAACUGAGUCUUACACAAAUUCAUAUCUCCAUCGAUUUGAAAAAAUAGAAGUUGGAGCAAAGUGAUAAAAUGUUGUGCAAAUACGUAAUCACAAACUC